AUGGAAAACAACAACAUCACUCAGGAUAACGCAAUGGACGUAACCAUCAUCCCACAAGAAGAAAAAGAAUACGAAUUAAUAUACAUUAGUGAUACUGAAAGUGAGAAUAGCCAGCAGGAGUACAAAGAAAAGGAAAGUGCUAAAAAUGCAGAUGUGAACAAGCAGAUAGUGAAAAAUGUAGAAUGGGACGGAAUCAAAACCGAGAAAAACGAUUUUUCCGAACUAGAGAGAAAAAGGAAAGACAUCAGUGAAUCAAGUGACGACGACACCGAGGAGGUAAAUGCCUAUAGUGAAAUGGAACCCGAUCUGGAUAGUACCUACAGUACUGAAUUUAUAUUGGAAAAUAACAGUGACAACGGUUUCCAAUAUGACCCACCCCACGGUACCGAAUUGGAAAAUGUUAGUGACACCGACCUCCAAUGCGAACCGCCCAAAAAACGGAGCAGACCGAAUAACCAACAAAGGGAAACAGAAACAUGCAAGAACUGUCGGAUGAAGACAAUAGCACCCCUUUCAACAGAACAAGCAGAGAAGAUUCAACUGCACCGACAGGCUACUAUUGACUUGGAAGACGGAAAACUUUGUCUAUCAAUGAUGGAAGCUACACUACCAACUAUAAGAAGAUGCAUCCAAAAAAGAUUAGAAUCGCUAGGAUGUUGGCCACGACAAAAAAUGGCCAUAUUCCUUAAUAAAAGAUACGAGGAAGGACGUACCCUGCUCCACACCAGUAUACAAAAAGUAAGGUACGACAUAACUGAUGCUCUACUUGCCUAUGGGGCAAACCCCGAGAUAAUGUAUCGAGGCAGCACAAUUGGACACAUGGCAGCGGAAAAUAACGACUUAUUCCUGGUAAGGAUACUAAAACACCACAACUGCGAGUUCACAAAUCGCAAUAAAGACGGAGAAACCCCGCUAAUGACAGCAAUAUCACACGAACAUGAGGAAUGCGCACGCCUAAUUUCGACACCAACAAACAUCAAAAUAGCAACCAGCAAGGGCAGAACCAUCUUGCAUUACCUCGCCAGAUAUGGACUCGAAGACUUGGCUACACAAAUCUGUACAAAAAGAAUAAUUGACGUCAACCAGCAAGACGAAACGGGCACAACUGCCUUACACGAAGCAGUGAAAUAUAAACGACUGGACAUGAUCGAAUUACUGCUUCUACAUGGAGCAGAUAAAAAGAUAAAAGACAACCGUGGACAUACGGCUGUAGCAAAUAAUAACAGCACAAACAUACAAUAA